GGAGCCCCAGGCGUUUGCCAGAUCAGUGUGGCGGUAAGGAUUUCAGCGUAAGCCGUGGUCCUUCGAGAUGAGUUUUCUGCUGCCUAAACUGACCUGUAAGAGGGAAGUGGAUCAGGCAAUAAAAACGGUGGCCGAGAAGGUUUUGGUUCUCCGGUUUGGAAGAGAUAACGAUUCUGUUUGCCUGCAGCUCGACGAUAUUCUUGCAAAAACAGCUCACGACCUAAGUAAAAUGGCAGUCAUUUACCUGGUGGAUGUCAACAAAGUUCCAGUCUACACCCAGUAUUUUGACAUCAGUUAUAUUCCAUCUACUGUGUUUUUUUUCAAUGGACAACACAUGAAGGUUGAUUAUGGGUCUCCAGAUCACACCAAAUUUGUAGGAAGCUUCAAAACAAAGCAAGACUUUAUAGAUCUGAUUGAAGUUAUUUACCGUGGAGCAAUGCGUGGAAAGCUUAUUGUGAGAAGUCCUAUUGAUCCCAAUAAUAUUCCUAAAUAUGAUCUUCUAUACCAAGGAAUUUAAUGGGCUGACCAGAGGUAAAGAAUUAUAGACAUGGCCAAUGUUCUAGACCUCUAUUCUUCAAGCAUUUUUAGCCACCUCUGAACACCAUGGGACAGAUUUGAAGGAUCAUAUUGGUCUCUGAAGACAGACAUUUUGUCACCUCAUAAUUCUCUCCUAAAUAAAGCUACGUGUUCACGUGUAGAAUCCAAGCAAAUGACUAUUCUUUGAGUUGCAUGCUGACCAGCACUUACGAUACAGGCAAGUGGUAUAUGCAUCCACAGUGACAUCAUCUCCAGCAGAACUCACAGUGAACUAAAACAUCAUAUGCUAUUCAUUGUCUAUUUAGCACCAUUGUCAUUCAACUGACUGUGCCUUUCCAAAGGAACUGUACGCUUUUACCCAUUACUGGAUAACAGGAUGGAAGCUUUUUCAAGUGGUAUUAGAGAAUACUGAAGUCUGAGAUAGAUGGAUGUAAACACAAAAGAGAGGUUGAUGCUCUCUUUUCUCUGAUAAUCCAGUAUUACUGUUCUAUUUUAUAAUACCACUAUUACUAUUGUUUGACUAAGAUGGGAAUGGAAGGUGUAGAACAAAGUUUUGUAAUCCUUCAGAGGUCUUUUGUAGGCACUGAACACUUUUUGAUUCCCCCAGGAUUAAACUGUUUUGUUUACAAUUGCUUUAAAG